AUGGCACAAGAAAUUGGUCUAGUUGCUCCGAAUGGACGAUCCUUCAAACUCAACACUGGACUGUUCAUUGACAACACUUUCGUUUCAGCGGCCGAAGGGGGCGAAAUUGUCAGUAUCGAUCCAGCUACCGGCAAAUCGAUUGCCACAGUCCAAGCUGCUGGGGCCAGAGAUGUGGACAUCGCAGUCAGAGCAGCCAAGCGUGCACUUAAAAGCCGCGAAUGGACAGCAGUGACAGCCACGGAACGCGGCAUGGUGAUGUCGCGUCUCGCAGACCUGAUCGAGCAGCACAAGGAAGUCUUCGCAACCAUCGACGCCUGGGAUAACGGGAAAACAUACAAUGAAGCACUGACGAACGAUCUACCUGAAGCUAUUCUCUCCAUUCGUUACUACAGCGGGUGGGCAGAUAAGUCUUACGGUCAGACUAUCGAAACAACGCCCGAGAAGUUUGCCUACACGAUCAGGCAGCCCAUUGGUGUUGUAGCUCAAAUCAUUCCGUGGAAUUAUCCACUUUCGAUGGCAACAUGGAAACUGGGGCCUGCAUUGGCAUGUGGCAAUACUGUCGUGCUCAAAGCUGCAGAACAGACACCAUUGAGUAUUUUGCUAUUGGCGCGUUUGAUCGUUGAGGCAGGCUUUCCCAAGGGCGUUGUUGACAUCAUCGAUGGCCUUGGCAGAGAGGCCGGCCAAGCGCUGGUCAAUCAUCCUCUGGUAGACAAAAUCGCUUUUACCGGAUCAACUGCGACGGCAAGGGAAAUCAUGAAAGCUGCUGCUCUUACGUUGAAGAACAUCACAUUGCAGACCGGAGGUAAAUCGCCUCUCAUCGUUUUUCCAGAUGCAGACCUAGAGCAAGCUGUGAACUGGGCUCAUUUGGGCUGCAUGAGCAAUCAAGGCCAAAUAUGCACAGCCACUACACGACUUUUCGUUCACGAAGAUAUCUACGAUGAUUUUUUCAAACAUUUCGUUGCAAGGACUCAGCAAGUAAGUCUGGUCGGCGAUCAGUGGGACGACAAAACCUAUCAGGGACCGCAAGUAUCUCGCCUUCAAUACGAUAGGGUCAUUGAAUAUAUCGAAAAAGGAAGGUCUGAGGGCGCGACGGUGGCCUUUGGGGCAGAAACAAUCAAAGGUACUCCGGACGGCGGAUUCUUCAUAUCUCCGACCAUUUUUACAGACGUUCGGGAUGAUAUGACAAUCUACCGAGAAGAAAUUUUCGGCCCUGUCGUGACUGUUUGCAAGUUUAGCUCGGAGGACGAAGCUAUCUCACGGGCUAACGACACCACUUAUGAUCUCGGAGCGGCGGUCUUCACUAAAGAUCUGCAAAGAGCACAUCGUGUGGCUGCUGAAAUUGAAGCAGGAAUGGUAUGGAUUAAUAGCAGCCAGGAUUGCGAUCCACGGGUCCCUUUUGGUGGUGUGAAACAAAGUGGUAUAGGUCGAGAGCUUGGUAGUGCUGGGCUUGAAGCAUACUCGCAGAUCAAGGCUGUGCAUAUCAACAUGGGCAACAGAUUGGCUUGA